GCGUAUAGUUCGAGAUGGAUCAAGCAAAAACUUUACAUCGAACUUGGGCUUUGAGCCGCUAACCAAGUCGUGUCGCAUCGUUCGUCGUAAUCAAGAUUGAAAUAUUCAUUCGCAUAUAUAAAAGAACGUAAAAACUAACCGCGCGUACAUACGACCAUAGGACGGCCAUUCUUGAGUAACGAGUGUAUAUGAUAGGCACGUGGACGAUACGAGUUUACGAAUUGUUCGGAAUUUUUCUUUGCCAGUGUUAACGUGUCUCUUGUCGAGCAAAGACGUGAUUUUUCGUCGAAUCAAAAUUUAUAAAUGAUAUACAAUGAGUGUGACAAGUGCUAAGAAUUGUUAUAUUGAAAUAUUCUUCGAUUUUCAUUUAUACGGAUAAUUAUCGAUCUUGUGACAAUUCGAAAUUCGAAUACAUUUUAUUGUAAUAAAUAAAUUUUUGAAAUCGACUUCUAAUAAUGGGUGGUAGAGAACACAAUAGAAACAUUUUCAGUUAUGAAACACUAGUUCACGCAAUAUCUGGUGCUGCUGGUGGUGUCGUUGCCAUGGCAAUGUUCUUCCCUUUGGAUACAGUACGAAGCAGAUUACAACUGGAAGAAGAUAGAAAAUCGAAAAGUACACUGGCAACAAUACGCGAUCUCGUCGAAAAAGAAGGACCAGAAACUUUAUACAGAGGAAUUAUACCUGUUCUUCAAAGUUUGUGUGCCAGUAAUUUCGUUUACUUCUAUACAUUCCACGGUUUAAAAAUGCUUAAAUCGCAAAGAAAGCAAUCAGCUGGAAAUGAUUUAUUUCUUGCAUCAAUCGCAGGCGCAAUUAAUGUUUUAACAACGACACCAUUAUGGGUGGUAAAUACUAGAUUGAAAAUGAGAGGUAUCGAUCGUACACCGGAAAGAAAUAAUAAUAACAAAUAUAAUACGUUAUAUGCUGGCCUUAUACAUAUAUGGAAAUACGAAGGAAUAAAAAGUCUUUGGGCAGGGACUUUGCCAAGCUUAAUGUUAAUCAUAAAUCCAGCUAUUCAAUUCAUGACUUAUGAGGCUAUUAAGAGAAAAAUUUGCAUGUCUCUAAAUGAUUCACAACCAUCUGCAUGGGUUUUCUUUGUUAUUGGUGCCGUAGCGAAAGCGGUAGCAACCAUAUUAACUUAUCCAUUGCAAUUAGUUCAAACGAAACUGAGACAUGGUCAUAAAUAUCCAAAUCUACCACCAAACGCUGGCAUUUUAGAAAUUCUAUUUUACAUAUUAAAAAAACAAGGAAUAAUAGGAUUGUACAAAGGAAUGGAAGCCAAAUUAUUGCAAACUAUUCUGACGGCAGCAUUAAUGUUUUUGACUUAUGAAAAAAUUUCAAGAUUUGUUUUUCAUAUUCUUUUGCAUAAACCGAUAUUGAGAUAAUAAGUUUUUACACAUCGAACAGUAUUAAUUAUUAAUAUUAAUAUUGUUCUGUGAGUUUUCGCUUAUUAUAAUAAUAAGUAAUAUAUAAGUAAUAUAUAAAAUGUGCAAUAUAUACAUUACGAUAAAGUUACUUUAAAAUUAAAA